AUGGCGCCCCUCCGUCCAGCAAGCCGCAAGGCGGCCAGUGGCCGAGGCUCGGUCAAUCACGGUCUGUUCAACGAUGAGCUGCGCACAUCGAAGAAAGACAAGCGUGUGAUCAAACACUCGACGUUCAUGGCCAAGGUGGCGAAAAACCAGAAGACGACGCCGAAACGCAGACGCCCCUCCAAGAAGCUUGUCGCCACUCUUGAUUCUCUUGCAGAUGCCCUGCCCGACGCCGAACACCAGGACCAGUCUGAGCUGGCCGACCAGGCUCACCUUAUCAAGCACAAGACGUUGAAAACCCGCCCGGGAGCGAUGAAGAGGAAAGAGAAAAUGGAACAGCUGGAGCGUGAUCGCUUCAUGAAGAACAUGUCGCAGAUGAAUACCGUUGAAAGCAACACAGCAACGACGCAGACAACUGGAUCUGAUGCCACCGAAUCGAACUCGACUACAAGUCGCUGGGCAGCCCUGAGAGGCUUUAUAUCGCAGACCAUGGAACACCAGCCUGCAUUCAAGAACGCAAAAUGA